GCGGGGCCUGGUGUCUGACGUCACUGGGAGGCGGGGCCUGCCGUCUGCUGCGGACUGUUGUUCUCCUGCUCGACCUGAAGCUAGCAGCUAACAGGCUAACAGGAUUAUAACCUGCUCCUGGUUCCGAUAUUAACCCGCCUCGGCUCUCACUAACCCGGGUCAGAUUAACCCGGGUCAGCUCUCACUAACCCGGGUCAGAUUAACCCGGCCCUGUGUCCUGGCUGUGGAGGAGGGCUAGCUCACCGCUAGCUCCGUUAGCAUGUCCCGCUAGUCGCCCUGUUGUUAGUGUUAGCUGCUAUCUGUUAGCUCGGAGCUAGCUGCUCCUGCUGCAGCUGUUGUUGUUGUUGUUGUUUUAACAACACGUCCGUCCCGGGUUCUUUACGGUAUUAUGUGUGUUCGUCGUGUUCAGAGGCGGACAGAUGUUCCUCUGAGCUAACGGCUAGCCGGAGCUAACGCUAGCUGCUAGCCGGAGAGCUAACGGCUCUUUGUCUGGAGAUGAGAGAGAGCUAGCUGUUAGCAUAGCUAGUUAGCCUGUAGGACAGCUGUUAAUGUGUGUUAGCUCAUGCUAGGCUAACAGGAGACUGUAGAGUGAUUGACAUGAAGCCUCCAGCUGCUCCAGCUGUUCUCUGACUUCAUCCUCCUCCUCCUCUUCAUCAUGGCGCUCAGACUGGCUGCCGUCCAGGUGCUGCUGCUCUCAGGGUGCAUUGCUGCGUCUCAGAGGAACGACAACGUCUACGUGUCGGGGAUCUCUAACGCCUGCGGCGAGGUGGCCGAGCUGCUGCGGGCGUCCAGCGGCGUCAUCACGAGUCCCGGCUGGCCGUUCCAGUACCCGUCCAGACUGAACUGUAGCUGGAACAUCAGAGCUCGACCCGGAGACACCAUCACCAUCAGUUUCCAGGACUUCGACCUGCAGGGUUCCCAUCGUUGCUCCUCAGACUGGAUGUCCAUCAGCAGCUACAGGAGUCUGGACGGGUUGAGGGUUUGUGGCUCGUCGCUGCCGCCGCCGUACAUCUCCUCCCAGGACCACGUGUGGAUCCACUUCCACUCUGACGACAGUCUGACGGGGAAAGGCUUCAGACUGUCCUACAUCAGCGGGAAACCUGAGGCGUCCAGCUGCGACGUGGACCAGUUCCACUGCUCCAAUGGGAAGUGCGUCCCGGACUGGUGGCGCUGUAACUCGAUGGACGAGUGCGGCGACAACUCGGACGAGGAGCUGUGCGUCGAGUCGCCGUUCUCCUUCCAGCCCUGCAGCCUGAACCAGUUCCCCUGCCUGUCCCGCUACACCCGCAUCUACACCUGCCUGCCCCACAGCCUGCGCUGCGACGGCAGCAUCGACUGCCAGGAUCUCGGGGAUGAGAUCGACUGUGAUGUUCCCACUUGUGGAGAGUGGUUGAGGAACUUCUACGGUUCUUUUAGUUCUCCGAACUACCCCGACUUCUACCCGCCGGGGAGCAACUGCACCUGGCUGAUCGACACGGGCGACCACCGGAAGGUCAUCCUGAGGUUCACCGACUUUAAACUCGACGGAACCGGUUACGGCGACUAUGUGAAGGUGUACGACGGUCUGGAGGAGAACCCUCGCCGUCUCCUCAGGGUUCUGACCGCCUUCGACUCCAGAGCGCCGGUCGCCGUGGUUUCAUCCUCCGGUCAGCUCCGAGUUCACUUCUACGCCGACAAGAUCAACGCCGCCAGAGGCUUCAACGUCACCUACCAGGUGGACGGGUUCUGCCUGCCGUGGGAGGUUCCGUGUGGGGGGAACUGGGGCUGCUACACGGAGCAGCAGCGCUGUGACGGGUUCUGGCAUUGUCCCAACGGUCGAGAUGAGUUGAACUGUUCUUCGUGUCAGGAGGACGAGUUCCCCUGUUCUAGAAACGGAGCAUGUUAUCCUCGAUCGGACCGCUGUAACUACCAGAACCGCUGCCCCAACGGUUCUGACGAGAAGAACUGCUUCUUCUGCCAGCCCGGGAACUUCCACUGCAAGAAUAACCGCUGCGUGUUUGAGUCGUGGGUUUGCGACGCGCAGGAUGACUGCGGCGACGGCAGCGACGAGGAGAGCUGCCCGGUCAUCGUCCCCACCAGAGUCAUCACCGCCGCCGUCAUCGGCUCCCUGAUCUGUGGCCUCCUGCUGGUCAUCGCCCUCGGCUGCACCUGCAAACUCUACUCGCUGCGCAUGUUCGAACGCAGGUCGUUUGAGACCCAGCUGUCCAGAGUGGAGGCGGAGCUACUGCGGAGGGAAGCCCCGCCCUCCUACGGUCAGCUGAUUGCGCAGGGUCUGAUUCCGCCGGUGGAGGACUUCCCUGUGUGCUCCGGGAGUCAGGCGUCCGUCCUGGAGAACCUGCGCCUGGCGGUGCGCUCCCAGCUUGGCUUCACCUCACUGAGACUGCCCUCCUCCGGUCGCCAUGGCAACCUGUGGCGCCGUCUCUUCACCUUUUCGCGGUCGCGGCGGUCGGGUUCUUUGGCGCUGGUCUCCGCCGACCUGGAGGACAGCGCCGGCACCGCGAGCACCGGGAGCUCCGGUUCAGACCUGCUGUCUCCGGACUCGGACGACACGGACACGGAGGUGGAGCGCGGCCGUGAGCGCGGUGGCGUGGGCGCCGUGGGCGGACCCGUCGCCCCUCUCCCCCAGAAAACCCCGCCCUCUGCUGCCGUGGAGGCCGUGGUAUCCAUGACGACGUCCUCCACAUCCGUGACCCCCCCGCCCCCGGGUCGGGCCCGGCCCAGAGAAGCCCCUCCCCCUUCUAGCCCCGUUGCCGUGGUAACCUCCAGUCCAGAUCCAGAGCGCCACGGCGAGCCCCAAGCUCCGCCCCCCUCCGCCCUGCAGCGACUGGCCCAGAACCUUACCCGGCUCACCAGGAACCUGACCAGGACCAGCCAGAACCAGCAGGACCCGGCCUGGACCAAUCACAGCCCGCUGCGGCAGCUGGAGACGGGAAGGGGCGGGGCCAACGCCGCCACUGCCGAGCAGCGAGGAGGAAACAGAGAAGAAGAAGAAGACGUGGAGCUCCUGAUCCCGGUCUCCGACUCAGACUCCUCCUCCUCGUCCAGCGCUGACUACCGGCAGCCGCUGCUGGAGCCCCGCCCCCCCGCCACCACAGGCCACGCCCCCCGCCAUCACCGUGGGAACGGGUGUGGAGGAGGGCGGGACGGCCCCUGUGAACACUGCGGCAUCGUCCACACGGCGGCGAUCCCCGACGUCUGUCUGGACGCCACGGGCAAGACGGAGAGCAGCGACGACGAGCUGCUGCUGCUCUGCUAACAGGCUAACGGAUAGCAGGUAACAGCUAACGGCUAGCAGGCUAAUGUCCUAACUAAGGCUCAUACUACAGGGCUACAGGCUAACCUGUUGGGCUAACAGCUGGACUACAGCUAGCAGAAUGCUAACUCUUUGACUGGACAACAGCUAGCAGAAUGCUAACUCUUUGACUUGACCACAGCUAGCAGAAUGCUAACUCUUUGAUUGGACUACUGCUAGCAGAAUGCUAACACUUUGAUUGGACUACAGCUAGCAGAAUGCUAACUCUUUGACUGGACUACAGCUAGCAGAAUGCUAACUCUUUGACUUGACUACAGCUAGCAGAAUGCUAACUCUUUGACUGGACUACAGCUAGCAGAAUGCUAACUCGUUGACUCGACUACAGCUAGCAGAAUGCUAACUCUUUGACUGGACCAUAGCUAGCAGAAUGCUAAUGUUUUGACUUGACUACAGCAAGCAGAAUGCUAACUCUUUGACUUGACUACAGCUAGCACAAUGCUAACUCUUUGACUUGACUACAGCUAGCAAAUUGCUAACUCUUUAAACUCUAUAAACGUGUAAAGAUAUAUUAUUGAUAUAAAACUGAUUAUAGGAUUGAUCGAUUGAUCGUUCAGCCCUUCCUGUUAGCAUUUUAGCCUGUUAGCAUGUUAGCUGAGUAAAAAGGUAGCUCCCAGUGAUGUCAGAGAUGAACGGACCAAUCGGAGCUCGAGGGGAGUGAUGUCACUGAUGUUGGUACGAUUAUAAAAACUUCCCCGGUCCGUCCAUUAAAACGCUCCCCUCCUCCCCGCAGGAGGAUUUCCUGCUCCUUGGUACGACUAAUAUAUGUGUCCUGACAGAACAAACCGAAGGUUCCCCCCCGUGUCCUGGUCAGGUGCAACACUUUAAAUGUUCCCCCCCACCUCCAGGGCAGGUGCAACACUUUAAAGGUCCCAAGAACCAUCAGAACCAGGAGGUUCCACCUCUCUAGACUUAUUAAACCUUCUGAUUAUUAAGUAUUUAGGUUUUGAUCCUCCUGACUGUAUUUAUGAUCUUUGUUUCAGUUUUUAUGGUUCUCAGAUCUCAGAGUGACUGUGUAUAUUUAUUAUUAUUGUUGUUAUUAUUAAUAUGACGAUGGUUGUUAUUGUUAUUAUGAUUAUUGUGUUUAUUUGUUGUGUAACUGUUGUUUUUCUGCAUGAUUCCAGUUGUUUGCUGUUAGUUUUCCUUUGAGUCUGUAAAGUUAAAAACUGUUAAACUGUUAAACUGCACUAAAGAUUAAAGGUUCACAUUUCA